AUGGCUUUGGUUCUUCACCUACUGGCAUGUGUCUUUGGAACUGGAGCAUGGGUUGCCAUUAACGGCCUAUGGGUGGAACUUCCACUUAUUGUUAAUGAUCUUCCGGAAGGAUGGUAUUUACCAUCUUACCUCACCAUUAUCAUCCAGAUGGCCAACAUUGGGCCUCUCUUUGUUACCAUAAUGCACAAGUUAAAGCCGGGCCGACUGAAUGAGGUUGCUGUUAUAUACACCAUUAUCGUUUUGGGGGUUGUGGCAUCAUUCCUUCUGGCAUUUUUCUGGAAACAAACUACGUGGAUAUCAGGGCAGCUGCACAGCACUGGAUUCCUGAUCUUAACCUUCUUCUUGUCACUUGUGGAUUGUACCUCGUCAGUGACUUUUCUGCCAUUCAUGAUGCAGCUGCAACCCAAGUACAUGACUACUUACUUUAUUGGUGAAGGCCUUAGUGGACUAAUCCCAGGCUUAUUAUCCUUGAUUCAAGGUGUAGGGAUGAUAAAGUGCAUUAAUGCUACCAAGAAUGAGAAUGCUACACAAGAUUGGUUGAAUGCUGCUGGUGAUCACUACAUAGAAACUCAGUACCUUCAGGCCAACUUCUCUGUUCAGGUAUUCUUCUUUCUUUUAACCAUUAUGAUGGUUUUCUGCCUGGUGGCUUUUUUUUUCUUAACAAGACUGUUACAAAAAGAGGUCUCUAAUACUGCACUGCUUCAAAGCAUGGUCACCCUCAAUUCCCAUUCAACAACUGACUUGAACCAGUCGUACAACACAGGACCUCCUGAAACAAGCAAGAAUGGUGAAGACACCAUUAAUAGUACAGGCAGUUUUUCAGACCCAGUAACAAAUACAGGAAUAUAUUCUUAUGGUCACUAUGCACUAAUAUACUUCCUUACCGGAUGGGUGAAUGCCCUCACCAAUGGGGUCCUUCCAUCUAUACAGACAUACUCAUGCAUGCCAUAUGGUAAUUUGGCCUACCAUCUUUCAGCAGCCCUGGGCUCCAUGGCUAAUCCUCUGGCCUGUCUAAUUGCCAUGUUCCUACCCUGCAGGUCCCUUGUGUGCCUUGUGCUGUUGUCAGUGAUUGGGACAGGAUUUGCAGGAUAUAACAUGAUGACAGCAAUAAUGAGCCCAUGUCCUAUUCUACAGAGCUCUAACUGGGGCGUGGCCCUUACUGUAAUCUCCUGGGUUCUCUUUAUUGGAGCGCUCAGUUAUGUGAAAGUAAUGAUUGGAGUGAUUCUACGCAGCCAAAGUCAUAGCUCCCUUGUGUGGUGUGGUGCAGUAGUGCAGUUUGGAUCUAUGAUUGGGGCCCUCGUCAUGUUUCCAUUAGUCAAUGUGUAUGGAUACUUCAAAUCAGCUGAUCUUUGCAAUAUGAACUGCCCUAGCUAAGUUUCAACACAAAGGAUCAAAAGACUACAUACAGUGUACAUAGUUACCGCUUACACAAGAAGAUUCAAAUCUAGAAAGAACAAACAAAAACGAAGUUGAAACAGUUGUGUUCAUGGAGAUCUCCCAAUUGAUAUUCAGGUUUUUCAAAUAUAUCUGCUGUAGAUUUCUACUGACAAAAAUAUAAUUUGAGCUUGAAAAGAUGGUCUGAGCUGUUAUACCCAUUCCUUCCAUUUUCACUACUACCCCUUUUAGACCUCCUGAGGCGGAUCGCACCUGGGAGCCUUGUCAAAGUCGAAAAAUAUUGCAGUACACACAUCACGUACAAACUACACACAGAUGGCCUCCCUGUGCGCGUAUUUGCUCUGCUGUGCGUGCACAUAUUCGCAAUUUGCGUAUGGUCGCUCCCGCGGUCCUGCGCAUUAGCGCGUGGUAUGGGUAUUUAUGGUAGAGUUUGUGAACGCAUGGAAGGCUAUCAAAACACAUUACAUAUUUAAUCCAAAUAGUGCACUUUUACACAUAGCCUCCCUGCACCACAGCAGCAAGUUACAACAGUUUAAAUGGUUUCAGAACAAAGGGAUUCACCUUUACAGAAUAGGAGGGGACAGAACAAGGUUAUAAGGUGGUGUUUGGUAUCCAGCUGAAGGGUAUUUUAAGGGUAACAUUCCGAUGUUGGUUUGAGAAAGAUCGCAUGUUCCUGCGGAUAGUUAUGUGCAGGAGUAGAAUAUAGAUAUAAACUGUAUUUACUGUACAUUAUGUAUGCGGCGGGAAUCCAGAGGAGACCACCCACAAGAGCAGUGAAAAUAGACAUCGCCCACCUAUUCAAACAGACCUAUGACCUCUCCUGUACUGUAAAUGACCAUCCCUGUGUCCAAUGGACAAAGAGAUUACAGUACCCAUUGUGUUAUGUUUUGGAUGAAGUGAAUAAAGAGAGCCUGCAGCAGGCCUGGUCAGACACAAGACUCACCAAGUUAUCUAUCAGAUGACCGAGGACCGGCCGGGUUGCGCAAGCUUGUCCACUCACGUAUGUACCAUUGAAUGUAGCCAUUUACUCUGUUAUAUUGUAUUGUAUUAUUUGUAUUGUAACCCCCUUUCAGCAAUAAUACCCUGUGGUGUCGGAACCCAGCGGUUUAAUUACAA